AGGGGGGAGAGAGAAAAACAGGAAGGGAGAAGACUGAAGUGGACAACUUGAGAGGAGAGUUAUCAUUGGUGACACCUCUGAACUGGAGACAAGUACCACUAGACUGAGAGGAGAGGAGGAGCUGACCAAAACAGCUGACACUAAAGACCUAAAUCAAAAUCUGUCAACAUUCGAAGACAGAUUGCAACUGAUUCCACUGAAGAAGUGUCCAUCUCGCUGCUGUCCAGACUGGAGAAUGCCCUGCCAUCCCUGUCAGCCCUGCCGCUGAUCCAAGCGGCCAGCAUGAUCUCUCACUACCCUCUGGCCACCCUGCUGCCCUGGCCUGCUGGUGGCAACCACAACUGCCCAGACCUGGACUGCACCUUACUCCUGGAGGGGAAAGGAGGGGUCACCCUGCAGAGGUACCAGCCUCGCUCCCCAGAGAGCAGCCCCCACCACUGGAGCUCAGUGCAGGACUGGGGGGAGGAAGUCGAGGAAGGAGCCAUCUACAACGUGACACUGAAGAGGGUUCAGAUUCAGCAGGCGGCCAACAAGGGAGCAAGAUGGCUCGGGGCGGAGGGGGACCGUCUGCCUCCAGGCCACACGGUGAGCCAGCUGGAGACCUGCAAGAUCCGAAGUAUCCGUGCUGGAACACUGGAGCGUCUGGUGGAGACGUUACUGACGGCGUUCGGAGACAACGACCUCACCUACACCUCCAUCUUCCUGUCCACCUACAGAGCCUUCGCUAGCACACAGACUGUUCUGCAGCUACUCCUAGACAGGUAUGGGAGUGUGGAGGAAAAUGACACAUGCAAAGGCUCUGAAAGCAACGGAGCCAUCAGAAGUGCCUUGGCCUCUAUCCUGCGUGCCUGGCUGGACCAGUGCCCUGAAGACUUCCAGGAGCCACCUGACUACCCCUGCCUCCACAGGCUGAUGGACUACUUGCGCAAGGCCCUGCCUGGCUCGGAGGCUCUCAGGCGGGCAGAGGGUCUGCUGGAGCAGCUGCAGAGUCAGGCCGGCAUGGACGAUGCUGAUCCUGGAUUCCAUGGCAACAGUUCUUUCUGCCUGGGGGAGGAGGAGGAAGUGGAGAUCGAGGUCCAGGAGGACUUCCUGUCGUUUGACGCCGACCUGGUGGCGGAGCAGCUGACCUACAUGGAUGCUCUGCUGUUUAAAAAGGUCGUCCCACACCACUGCCUGGGCUCCGUCUGGUCUCAGAGGGACAAGAAGGACAACAAGCACAGCGCCCCCACCAUCCGCGCCACCAUCACGCAGUUUAAUGCCGUGGCGACCUGCGUGGUCAGCACGGUGCUGAAGCACCGACAGAUCAGACCACACGUGAGAGCGCGGGUCAUCCAGCGCUGGAUAGACAUCGCUCAGGAGUGUAGAAUACGUAAGAACUUCUCGUCUCUGCGAGCCAUUGUGUCUGCGCUGCAGUCCAACCCUCUGUACAGGCUGAAGAGGGCAUGGGCCUGUGUGCACAAAGACAGCAUGCAGACAUUUGAGGAACUGUCGGACAUUUUCUCCGAUCACAACAACUACCUGACCAGCAGAGAGCUCCUCAUGAGGGAAGGCACUUCAAAGUUUGCCAGUCUGGAAAGUUGUGCCAAGGAGCACCAGAAACGCACCCACAAGAGACUUCUGCUGCAGAAGGAAAUGGGGGCCAUGCAAGGAACGAUACCGUACUUGGGGACCUUUCUAACCGAUCUGACCAUGCUGGACACGGCCCUGCCCGACUUAGUAGAGGGUGGCCUGAACAACUUUGAGAAGAGACGGAGGGAGUUUGAGGUGAUCGCCCAGAUCAAGCUGCUCCAGUCGGCCUGCAACAGCUACUGCCUGACUCCGGAGCCGUUUUUCCUCCGCUGGUUUAAGAACCAGGCUCAGCUCAGCGAGGAGGAAAGCUACGCCCUGUCCUGUGAGAUUGAAGGUCUCGGUGACAUGAGUCCAACCUCACCCAAACCUCGAAAAAGCAUGGUGAAGAGACUCAGCCUGCUGUUUCUUGGACCUGACAGCAGCGCAGCCAGUUCUCCAGUCAGAGAGACUCCUCGCUCGCCUCCUACUGGCAGCUCAGGGGAGAGCAUGGACUCAGUCAGUGUGUCCUCCAGCGACUCCAGCAGCCCAUCAGACAGCGAGGGCCUCACCCCCACCCACACCUCCGACUCCCAGCAGAACAAGCUAUCAGAAUCCUCCUCUUGUAAUUCACUUCACUCCAUGGACACCAGCUCGUCGACAGCCAGCGUCUCCAUGACGCCCGUAUCUCCCUCGCUCCCCGGGCCUCCCUGCACCCACAGACGCUCCGCCUCCCUCACUCCGUUGUCCCCCAGCUCCCCGAGCCAAACCCCGGCUUAUAACACGCAGGCCGAAGACGCAUGCAUCAUCAGAGUCAGUCUGGAGCAAGGCAACGGGAACCUCUACAAGAGCAUACUGUUGACCAACCAAGACAAGACUCCGGCGGUGAUCUCUAGAGCCAUGGCCAAGCACAACCUGGAGGUGGAGCCAGAGGAGGGAUACGAGCUGGUACAGGUCAUCUCUGAGGAGAGAGAACUGGUGAUCCCAGACAACGCCAACGUCUUUUACGCCAUGAACACCUCAGCCAACUUUGACUUUCUGCUGCGUGAGCGAGGCUCGGCGGGGCGGCCGGUCCAGCUGCGGAGCCGCUGUAGCUCCACCCUCCCUCGCGCCCAGCACCGCUCCAGCCUGUCGCUCAGACUCAGCAAGGUCACACUGUGACCCUGGACUGCACGGAUCCAGCUGGUUUUGCCCUCCCAACCACUAAUCCUGGAUGAUACAGGGCACGGACUUGGUGUGAACUGUUGGGUUUUAGAUGAGGAGGCUGGAGGGAUGGAUGGAUGGAUGGAUGAGGAGCUUUCAGACUCUUAAAGAGCUCCACUUGACUCUUAUUAUCUCCUGUGCCAUCCCUUCGUGCCUUAACAUGGAACAUGGAUGUGUAGCUUGACUGCUGUGCCAGUGGGACUUUAACUCGUAAUGCCUGUGACAGAGUGACACAGCGCCCCCUAGUGGCCCACACUCUUUACAACAACAGGUUUUUGCACAUGUUAUGGGAGCAGACCAAACUCCUGACCUCCAACAGUAUUCUGAUAUUGAAUGAACUUGUAUUUGUCCUGUGAUGUCUGUGUAGCUGAAUAUUUACUUUCCUGGUGACAGAAGUGUGAUGAAUGCAGAAAGUGAAGACAGAUGGUGGAAGAAGAGAAGAAGAAGAAGAAGAAGUGGACUGAGUGACCAGUCCUGUUGCCUUUAUCGAUGAAUGAAUGGACCUGAUAGUAUUCUGAAUGAUAUUAAUGAAUUAAUUGAUUGACAGGAGCUGUGAUGUCAUAUUUCCCCUAGUCGGGCAUGUUUACCUGCCAUGUCCGGCUUGUGUGCACAGUGUGCACUAUGUGUGUUCAGCCCUUGUCUCAUAUUGUGAGCUGUGUGACGAAUGUUACGUGCAUUCUGAUUGGUUCCCUUACUUGGUUUUAACAAGUCCUUAUUGAAAUGGCCUUACCUGCUCUAUCGUUAGGGUGAAGAGAUGACAUUUGUGCUGCUUUCUAAUCCAGAAAGACGUUCCCUCACAUCCUCACAUUUAAAAAAAAAACAUAAAGGAAAAAGAUAAUGGAUGUGCAAGAAAAGAGAGGAGGAGGGAAAUGACUUCCUGGAAUGGAAAACAACAUGCAAAGUGUCUCAAUCUGAUGCAUUCUUGUACCUCUUUGCCCUUCAUUAUAUGAACUACAGAGUUGCACUUGUCAGUGGGUAGGAGAUGCCGAUGGGAUGUGAAUAUAGAAGAGAGAACGAGCUGCUCUGUAAGUGGUUUUCUCCCUCUUCACUAAAUGAAUUACUAUUUUUGUUUGUAAUUGUUGCUUUUUAUAUGUUUUUGUAACACAAUUCAGGCCAGAAAUGAACGCCAGAUUGGAGAGUGAUGAAGUAAAUGUUGACAAAUUCAAAGUGUCAUAAAAAAAAAAAAAAGCCAGUGCCAGAUUUUACUGUGAUACAUGUGGAAAUUUUUACUGAGGGACACUUCACGUCAUUACACACGCAAGCUCCUCUUCACACAGUAAACAGCCAUCUGUUUCCAGCAGCAUCAUAUUUUCACAGAAACGUCACCAACACUUCUCACCUGUCACAUUACAGCCACGCUGAUAAACACCCGCAGUCAUUUUUUCCCCCUUUUACUUAUAGUCCACUCCUGCAGAUCUUACAGUUUCAUGCUAUGGUGCCAACAUGUGCGACCAGUUAAUGUUCCCUGGUUGAUAUUACAUUCUCUCUGGGGGAACUGGUUCACUGUUGGUCAAUCAUUUGUCUCUAUGUAGCACUUCACUUUAAAAUGUUCUCAUUAAAUCACCCUCAGUUCCUGUGUUCUUCACUGCCAAAGACUCGUCUUCUACCUGAAUAAAUAAAUUAUUAUCAUUAUUA